AUGAAUUCGGACAAAGCAAAAAGGCAUGUAUCGUCAAUUCCACAAUCGGAUGAUAUUGAACAACUAUUUGAAAAUAUCAAAUGUACGAAUGAGUUAUAUUCAUUGAAGCAUAUGGAAAUAAAUAAUCAACUGGAUACUAUUACGUGUAUACCAUGUUUAAAGUUUAAAAAACAUGCACCAAAACAUUUAUUAAGUACUAUUAAAUCUUCGUUUGGCUCAUUUGAAUACGUUGAACAAGACGCGACUCGAGUUCAAUCUGAACGUUUUCGAAAUUUAAAAAAAGCUUUAAGACAUCAUUAUUUAAACAAACUACACAUCUGGUGUGUAGAAGAAGAUGAGAAACGAAAGCAAUUAUUCGACGAUUUUUUAAGAAAAAAUGAGAAAGCUGGAUGGAAUGUUGGUCGAGCAGCGUUAUUCUGCAUUCAAGGUGGUCUUGGUGGUCUGAAAUUUGUUGAUACAUUGAACUUAUUGGAUAUCUCUGGAGCAUCAGUUGGAACUUAUAGACACAGUCGAUGGUUUUUCGAGAAACUAAGAACGUCGAUGACAAUAACGAUGAAAAACAGAAUUAGUGAAUAUUUACAUUCGGUUGAUCCUGUUACACAACGUCGUCGACCGUUCGGCAUAACAUUGGAUAAAGUUACAUUAUUAAAAAGGUCGAUGCAGGUGACAAUUAUGAUCGUGAUGAUUGACGGACAGUUAACACCUCUUUAUCUUCAGUCUCCAUUAUGUCAAACAGAGUUAACGGGGGAAGACUUAGCUAGUAAUUGUGUUCGAGUACUAGAAUCAUUUGGCUUGAAAAAAAAUGCAUUGCAAGAACAAUUCACUGGUUGUGCCGUCGAUGGUGCUUAUAUUAAUUUGCAAAUUGAAAAACAUCUAUGUCAAAAACUAGGAAUGCGAGAGAGAUGGUUAACAGUGUCAUGGGAUAGUGCACAUUUACUUGAAUUAGCAAUAAAUGAUGCAAAGAAACAAAGUAAAUUUUCCUGGUUACAAAGGUUCAUUAAAACAUGUGGUACAAUCAUGAAAAAAUAUUCAUAUGGAAAAUCAUAUGAGCACCUACUGGAAGCAGCUGAAUUAGUCGAAGAACAAAUACUACAACCAAAACAAUUUCAUAUUACCCGUUUUGUUCAAUCCGAACUCCGCGUAUACGAAACAGUAUUAAGAGAUUGGUCAACUCUGUAUUAUUUGCAAGAACAAGAUAGUGUAAUUAACUCAUUAGCAGGUGGAAAUGUAAGUGCAAGAACAAGACGAAAUAUUGAUGCAGAAUACAAAGCAGGUGAUAGCGAUAAUGUUAGUUACAAACAUGAAGAUAUCAAAUCUGUGGAUUUUGUUUGUAAACUUAUUGGUUUAAAUGAUAUCUACAAUAUUCUUGUACGAGCAUCUAUGUCUGUGCAGCAAGUCAAUAAAUACCCGUGGGAACAUGAUGAUUCAAUUCGAUAUUUACAAAAAUGUUUAAAUGGAUAUAGUAAAUUACUUGAACAAUUAGACUUAAAUAAAACACAAGAAAUGGAUAGUUUGGAAGAAUGUGAAGAACCGGAACCAGUUGGCUUACUCGGACCAACAAUCGAUGACGAUUGUGAUAUACAAGAAGAAGACGACGAAGAUACAGAAGUUCGAGCGAUGCCAUCAGCAAAAUGUAUUGAACAAUAUUAUCAAGAUCUAUUGAAAUGUGAAUUCAAACAACGUCCAAUCAUCAUACGACCUGGUGAUUAUGAUUUAGAAGAUCCAACUACACAUGCAAGAAAAAAAUUGAUCGAAUUAUGUCAACAAUUAGUUGAAACAAUUACAACACGGUUUCGAGAGAUACCAUAUAUUUUUAUAUUGAUGAAAAAUUGUUUAGAUGUUUCACGUUUAUACGACCUAGUGGUAUCAACAGGUAAACAAACAAUGAUUGAUUAUGGCAGAGUUGAAUUACAAGGACUUAUUGAAUAUACGCUGUUGAACUCAGGAUAUAUACAGAUAGAUGGAAAUGCUAUACAGGAUCAAUACUCCGAAUGGAAACGACGAGUUUUACAUGAAAUCAAAGAGAAGGAUACCCUGGACAUUUGGACAACAAAUGGAGAGUUGAUCACAUCAAAAGUGAUGAAAAGCUUUUAUACAAGUACAGAUUUAUCCGACGGUAUCAAUGAUUUUCUCUACUUUCAUUCAUUAAUGGUACUCAAAAUUAGAAGCGAAGCGAUAUGUGAAUCAGCAGCGUCAAUUUUAAAAGGACAUAUUCAUGGCAACCGUUCAUUACAUCAUGAUUCGUUAGAUAAUGAAGUAAUGCUUCACUGGAAUGCUCCCCCAUUGCAUCUCGCUGAUUCAUUUAUCAAACAUUCACUGGAUCAUUACUUCAGCAGCAAGAAGGAGAAAAAUUGGUUAUUUUAUAAAAAGAGUGAACAAUAUCAAACGUGGAAACUUUUAUCACCUGGCUCUGUUGUACUAAACCAUUUGAGAAAAAAACAAGUACCAAAAUUACCAGAAUCAAUCGAUAAUUAA